CUCUGUCCAUGCUCUAAGCCUACUGUUAGCAGGGUGCUGGAAAAAAACAAACAUUUUAUUUUAUUUUAUUUUUGCAAGAUACAAUUUGAACAAGAACAGGUGGAAAACAUACAAAGUAUGACUGAGUCACUCUCGGAGGAAAUCGAGGAUGUGUCGCUUGAUUUCGGGACGGAAGAGGAACGUGCGCGGCAAACAGCCAAAAUACGACACCCUCUGGCCACUUUCCUUCAUCUGUUCUUCCGCAUCGGCGCCGUCAUCGCCUACCUGUGCAGCGACUGGUUCAGCAGGAGUUUCGCCACUUGCUUCGUCCUGGUCUUGACCUUGCUCUCAUGUGACUUCUGGUCUGUGAAGAAUGUGAGUGGCAGGCUGCUGGUUGGCCUACGCUGGUGGAAUCAGAUUGAUGAAGAUGGGCAGAGCCACUGGGUUUUUGAGGCUAAGAAGAACCAUGACAAUAGUGGUACGGAAGCUGAAAUGCAGAUUUUCUGGUUGGGGCUGAUCAUCUGCCCUCUCAUUUGGACUGCUUUCUUCUUUACAACACUCUUCUCCCUCAAGAUGAAAUGGCUGGUUCUGGUAGUGGUGGGUAUCUCUCUCCAGGCCACUAAUCUUUAUGGUUACUUGCGCUGUAAGGCUGGGGAACAGGAGACCAUGCCCAAAGUAGCAUCCCAGUACCUGGGGCAGCAGUUCAUUAUUCAACGGCCUGAUAUCAUAUUUGGAAUACUGUAACCGAAGAGGAAUGCUGCAGCUUCAAGUGUGUGUGUGUGUGUGGGGGGGGGGGUGCUUAUAGAAAAGCAGGAGACACAUGUGUACUGCCCAACUAAGAUAUGUUGAAUAAAUGCAACCCUGAUAUCUU